AUGCAUGAAUUGGAAAGUUGGACUACUGUGGGCAAAUGUGCACCUGUGUUUUUAAUCAAAAGAUUUGAUUUUGUUACUGUUAUUAUUGCAGGAACAGAUGAUGAUCUUUCUCCACACACCAAAAUAGAAUUCAAAGAGGUGGCAGCAUUGUGGGGAAUGGAAGGACUGCUGUUAGGAAUUCUGUUCCACAUCCUAGAAUGUAUGGUGAAAACUGAUAUGGAAGACCAAAUUCACCAGCUUGAACAAGAAGCAUACAGUUCAGUUCUAAGAUCCUUUAUAGCCCAAGCUGAUGCAAGUACCUGGGAGAAAGAAAGUUUAAUAGCUGACCUUGGGAAAGAGUUGUGA